AGAGAGAGAGAGAGAGAGAAAUGCCCGUCCCUUGAAGGCACCGACUUGGAGCUGUCCACUACAAACAGGACCUCUGGAACAACGGUCCAGCUCAGCUGUGACGACUUCGGACAUCGACCGUCUGGAGACAUCAACACGCUGAUUUGUCUCAACACAGGCAACUGGAGCAACACGGUGCCAGAAUGUGAAUAUUAUAUGAGUCUAGUUACCACGGUUCAAGUCCUCGAGUAGGAUACAACGGACCUUACAAUGAGCGGGGUACCUACCCGGACACCUACCUCGCCUAUCAAGACAUUCAAGAAAAGUAUGAUGGAUACCCAUCAAACGGAACACUGGACAAGCCAUGGCUUGGCUACAUUCCCAGACCCAAGGUCUCUGAGGGACGGUUUUACAACUGAGAGGCAGAUCCCUGGAGGUCUUUAUUGUGUCAGGGACACAGAAUAGAGAGAAA